AUGGCAGAAUCUCGGGUUUCGUCUAGUACGGAAAGAUCUGUAGAGGAAAAUCAGGGAAAUUCACCCGAACCAAGCAGCGUGGGCUUGGCUAACACCACACCUAACACAGCGGGAGAGACUUCGACCGACGACAAGAAGACUAUCCCAAUCGAUGACAUUUUGCUGCGGCCUGAAAUUGCGCGGGUCCUCAGCUCAGACGUUGCUAUCAAUGCCCUUCUGUCUAGGCUCAAACAGUCACUACUCACAUGCGAAGAGCUAACCAAGUUUGUGCGUAAAAAGUCGUACCUGGAAGAUGUCCACGCCCAGGAACUGGGCAAAACUUACAAGAAUUUCUUUCAGGAUAGCACGCCUGCUUCGUCUCUGCAGCGGAGCAUACACCAGGUGCUCGAUUUCGACGGCAAGCUCGCCCAGGUAAAGCACAGCUAUGUCAUUGCCCUGCAGAAGAUGUGCGACGAAUUAGGUGCCUUAUUAGCCACCAUGACGAAGACGCGAAAGGGACUGAAAGAGACUAGUCGCAGACUCGAGAAAGAGGUGGCGGACGCUAUUCACUUGGCAGAGAAGGCCAAAAACAGAUAUAAUUCGCUGUGCCAGGAUUGGGAGAAACUGAAGAUGGCCGACCCAACGAAAACUAAACUCACGUUGAGAGGAUCCAAGACAACGCGAGAACAGGAGGAAGACUUGCAGAGAAAGAUCGACGGUGCAGACCUGGACUUCAAGCAGAAAGUCGAUCAUUCUACAUCGCUUCGUAACACCUUUUUGAACAAAGAAAGACCCAAGAUUGUGUCCGAAUUGAAGGAUCUCGUCUUAGAAAUGGACACUGCCAUAGCGAUCCAGCUCCAAAAGUAUACCAUCUGGACUGAAACCCUGAUACUCAACAGCGGCGUAACUGUAACACCCUUUGAUUCCUCGAAGUCUAUGAAGUCAGUAGCCGUUUCCAUGUCUAACAGCCAAGAUAUCUACAAUUUUUUGAACAAGUACAAUCAAGGUUCAAGAAGUAACAACUUUGUGAACAAAAACCUCAUACCUGUUGAAUACAAGCAGCACCCCUCGAUGGCCAAGCCUAUUCAAGGUAGGGCUGGUUACAACAAACCACUUCAAAAGUCCUUCAAUACAUCAAAUAUUCAAACGUACAACCCUCCCGCAAAUUCGCUCCCCAAGAGAAUUGUUUCAACACAGCAUGAGUCCCCAUUCGACUCAACAUCAAACUCGAACUCUGAUUCACCAGCCUCCGUGACAAAGAAUCAUCAACCAGUGCCUGUUAGCCAAUAUCCUUCGAAUGUACCUAGAGCAGGCUCCGCGUCACCGGUCCCAUUGCAGCAAAAGCCGAUCUCAUCGAUGCUAGAAGCUGCGGAAAACAAAGACAGCUCGGCAGAACACGAAGGCAAGGACUUUGCUACAUUGGAUCCCGGAAACGCAACUCGCACUACAAGCCUCACCACAUCCAUGGUAACGUCUGGCAGCGAGAGGCCCGUAUCGCACAUUCAGUCAUCCCUGGCCAUGCCCCCUGGCAUCAACAGAAAUUUCAAAACAUUUGGAAUUUCUUUAGAAGCUUUGAUGGAAUAUGAACAAGAAAUGGUCCCCGCUGUUGUACGUCAGUGUAUCUACGUGGUUGACAAGCAUGGUCUUGAUUUGGAAGGCAUUUAUCGAAAAUCGGCAAAUGUCUUGGACGUAGGUAGGAUAAAGGGCGAGAUAGACAAUGAUCCAUCAAACAUCUCCAUGAUUGUGCCUCCCAAAAAUCAUACUGAAUCUGACAUAUACUUGGCUGCAUCUCUUCUAAAGACCUUUUUCUCAAGUUUGCCAGAACCGCUACUGCCUCCCUCCAUGACUUCUGAGAUCAAGACAUGUCUCUCAAUUCAAGAACCCGUCACAAGAAGAAACUUCAUGCAUGGCCUAAUUUAUAAACUACCGGAUAGUCAAUAUUGGACCUUAAGAGCUCUGACCUUUCACUUGAUGCGAGUAAUGGACCAUGAGCCCUCGAACAGAAUGAACUUGAAAAGCGUCUGUAUUAUUUGGGGCCCGACAAUAGUGGCACCCAAUGACACUGAUAUUAAUGAUGUCAAUUAUCAAAUACAAGCGAUGGAAGCUUUGAUGGGCGCAGCUAGUCAGGCGUUUGAGCCAGAGUAG